AUGUAUUCAUUGGGGGAAAUGGUCCUGCAGCGGUCUAGCUUUAUCCACCCAGACUCAUUCCUGCUUGUCCAUUUCACAAUCGGCGAAAGCCUAAAAAUGGACCAGCAAAUUGGCUCUUACAUAAAAUUCUCAUCCAAGGAUAGACAUCCUAAAACCCCAUUUAUCCAGCUCGAGAUUGAACUCUGUCCGCUUUUACAGUAUACUCUCAGUCGAUCAACACACGAUGAUGACCCAAGGCCUUUUGUCUUCAUAUGGUCUCCCCUUAAUGACGGGUAUAGUAAAGAUGAAUUCAUACUCCUACGACACACCUCAGAGGGUAAGCUGGAAAGGGUACAUGUACCAGAUGCGACCCUAGAUCCUCUAGACAUGGUGCACGUGGAGUACCCUAGUGACCUUCAGGAGCUAGAGCCAGGCGGUUCCAUCACCUACUGUCACAGUCUUCCACGCAGGUACAGGGAGCAGCUGGAACCCGGCGAAACUUACGAGCUGGUCUGGACCGGUACAAAGAUUCCUUUUUGGGACUGGGGAGUCCCUAGUGACUAUGUGGAGUCCCGCCUGACUGCUAGUCCGACACAGCCGGAUUUGAUUCUACCGGGAGGUCCACGUGUUACGUUUACAUAUGAGCAGAUAGAGUCUCCGGCCUUCAUUCGCCGGCAAUCCACCCCACCAUUACUGCCAUCAGACCGUGUACAGGGCGCCCCCAUACUGAGCGUAGAGCUCUCGGGUCCGAAAAUAAUUACCCCCGAGGGAAAACACUAUGCAUCAUUGCAUGUUCGCUACCAUGGUGGCCCCACAGAUCAGCCGAUAAUAUUCCGUAACCAUGUGAUCUGGGAGCUGCUUCGCUCCUAUCGUCUAGAGAGCGGAUUGUGGGAGCUUCAGGAGGGCCCCUGUGGAUGUGCUGGGUUAUUUCUGGAUGAUCCUAAUAUCACAGUCAAUGUGGUCGAGGACGAAGGCUUCAUUACUCUUAAGCCGGGAGAAUACUGGAGUCGGUCCUGGAUAAUCCUAGAGGACAUCUAUGGUUGGGAAGUAGGAGAUAUAUGGCGUUAUCGCUUCAAGGGUGGUACAGUGGACUGGUGGGACUACGGGGGAGUGGACGAACAUGUCGACACAAAUGUCCAGAUACCUCCGCAUCCUUGGGGGAGGUGA